CAUCUUCUCCUUCAACCAAACUUUUGUUUCUUGUUAAAUUUCUCUGGUUUUUUUACCUUUCGUCAUAUUAAUCAUGGCUGUUUCUCCGAGGAUUUUCCCGCCAAGAAAACGACGGCCGUCGGCUGGAGCAUUCAUUUCUCCAAAAUUGCCGGACCGUAAACUCGUUGAAUCUCUUUAUUUUUUAUCUCAAGAAAUCUCAUCUCUCAAACCUCUCCAGUUCCUUCUAAGACGGAACUCUGUUUUGAUAAUACGCAAGGCAAAGCUGUUGGCCGUCUUGUUCGAAGAGCUUCUGGGUAAUCAAGUUUCUCCAUUUUCGCCUUCAACUGUUCUUUGCUUUGAAGAGAUGUACAUAGUUUUGCAAAGAAUGAAGACGUUGAUUGAAGAUUGUUUGAAUGGUAGCAAGAUAUGGGUGCUCGUGCAAAUCGAAACGGUGGCUAAUAGUUUUCACGAGGUUACCAUGGAUUUGUCAACCUUGUUAGAUAUUUUGCAUUUAAAAGAGCUAGACUUGAGCCAAGAUGUUGAAGACGUCGUCGUUUUGAUUAGAAAACAAUGUUCUUCUCAUAGCAGAGAUGGUUCUGUAGAUCCAAGAGAUGGCAAUCUACGGCUAGAGGUCUUAACGAUGCUUGAUCAAAUCAGGAAAGAGAUCGUUCCCGAUCAUUCAAAACUCAAUGUAAUUUUCCAAAGCUUAGGUUUACGUGACGCGUUGACCUGCAGAGAAGAAAUUGAGAGUCUUGAAGCCGAAAUUCAGAAUCAAAUCGAUCAAAAAUCAAAAUAUCUUGUUGUUGCAUUCAUCGGACUCGUUCGCUACUCGAAAUGCGUUCUUUUCGGCGAAUCAACGCAAAAAUCGGACGCAAUUCGCCGUCGGAGAAGAAAAUCGGCGGCGGAGGCUAAUGUGCCGGCGGAUUUUCGUUGUCCGAUUAGUCUUGAUCUGAUGAAAGACCCGGUUGCUGUGGCCACCGGACAGACGUAUGAUCGCCAGUCGAUUAAUGUCUGGAUUGAAUCAGGACACAACACGUGUCCAAAGACAGGUCAGACCCUGGUCCACACGAAUUUGAUACCGAACGUUGCUUUAAAGAAUUUGAUAGCUAUGUGGUGUCGCGAGCAGAGAAUUCCUUUUGAAUACGCUACAAGUAACGAGAAAGUUAACGGAGUUGUAACUAACAAGGCGGCUUUAGAAGCUACCAAGAUGACGGCAUCCUUCUUGAUUAAUAAAUUGUCAACUUCUCAGUCAAUGCAGGCAGCAAACGAUGUCGUUUACGAGCUCCGUGUGCUUGCCAAAACAGACUCUGACAGCCGCGCCUGCGUUGCUGAAGCUGGGGCCAUUCCUUUACUUGUAAGGUACUUAGGUUCGGAUGUAGGCACGAAUCUACCGAACCUGCAAGUCAAUGCCGUUACAACGAUCCUUAACUUAUCCAUUCUUGAAGCAAACAAAACGAGAAUCAUGGAAACUGACGGCACAUUAAACGGAGUAAUCGAGGUUAUGAGAUCAGGCGCCACAUGGGAAGCGAAAGGAAAUGCGGCUGCUACGAUAUUCAGUUUAUCAGGUGUACACGCGCACAGGAAGAGACUUGGGAGGAAGACACGUGUCAUAAUGGGAUUAAUGGACUUGGCUAAGAACGGACCCACGAGUUCAAAGAGGGAUGCCUUGGUGGCAAUAUUGAAUUUGGCGGGAGACAGAGAAACGGUUGUGAGGUUACUUGAAGGCGGAAUUGUGGAGAUGAUAAGUGAAGUGGUUAACGUGUUGCCGGAAGAGUCGGUAACGAUACUGGAAGCGGUGGUGAAGAGAGGUGGGUUGGCGGCGAUUGCUGAAGCUUAUAAUUUGAUUAAAAAAUUGGGGGUUUUGUUAAGGGAAGGAUCUGAUACAACAAGAGAGAGUGCAGCAGCUACACUUGUGACAAUCUGUAGAAAGGGAGGAUCAGAAAUGGUGGCGGAGCUUGCAGGAAUGCCUGGAAUUGAGAGAAUUAUUUGGGAAUUGAUGGAAACUGGAACUUCGAGAGCUCGAAGAAAGGCGGGUGCGCUCUUGAGAGUACUCAGGAGAUGGGCUGCUGGGUUGGAUGCAUAUACUGUAGCCAGUACCACAACAGUUACUUCUUCAACAAUACUACUGCCUAGUUAACAGCGUAGUGGCUUCUUAAUUACACUUCAUUUCUAUAAUUGUAAAAAUGGUUGGAAUAAGUUGAUAAAUUUGUUCUUUGAUUUGUAAGAUCAAUUUAGUUGGUUCGUUUGUCAAAGCUUA